AGAAGGCUGGCAGAGGAGAAAAUGUGGCCCACCAGGACUUUCUGGCUCUGUUUCCUGCUCUUUGGCUUUGGAGGCUGUUUCCCCACUAAAAAAAGUCAAACUGGUGUGGGAUCCGGCUAUGGCACAGGAUCGGGUCAUGGUGAAGGAGCUGGCGGCGCGGGAGCUGGCUUUGGCGCUGGCGGCGCGGGAGCCGGCACUGGCGGCGCGGGAGCUGGCUUUGGCGCUGGCGGCGCUGGCGGCGCGGGAGCCGGCUAUGGCGGCGCGGGAGCCGGCUAUGGCGCGGGAUCUGGCGCUGGCGGCGCGGGAGCCGGCUAUGGCGGCGCGGGAGCCGGCUAUGGCGCGGGAUCCGGCGCGGGAUCCGGCGCUGGCGGCGCGGGAGCCGGCUAUGGCGGCGGCGCUGGCUCCAGCGCUGGCUCCGGCGCUGGCUUUGGCGCGGGAUCCGGCGCUGGCGGCGCGGGAGCCGGCUAUGGCGGCAAGGGAGCCGGCUAUGGCGGCGCGGGAUCCGGCCCUGGCCGCGGCGCGGGAUCCGGUGCUGGCUCCGGCGCGGGAUCUGGCGGCGCGGGAUCUGGCGGCGCGGGAUCUGGCGGCGCGGGAUCUGGCGGCGCGGGAGCCGGCUAUGGCGCGGGAUCCGGCACUGGCGGCGUGGGAGCCGGCUAUGGCGGCGCAGGAUCCGGCCCUGGCCGCGGCGCGGGAUCCGGCGCUGGCUCCGGCGCUGGCUUUGGCGCGGGCGCUGGCGGCGCGGGAGCUGGCUAUGGCGGCCACGGAGCUGGCUAUGGCGGCCACGGAGCCGGCUAUGGCGGCGCGGGAGCAGGCUAUGGCGGCGCGGGAGCAGGCUAUGGCGGCGCGGGAGCCAGCUAUGGCGGCGCGGGAGCCGGCUAUGGCAGCGCGGGAGACGGCUAUGGCGGCGCGGGAGCCGGCACAGGAUACGGUGCAGGAAGUGACCUUGAGGGGGACCAGGAUGCAGGGAUCUCCAGUAUCAUUGAGGAGCUGCUGAGCCUCGGGCCUAAACGUCCCUUCCCAGACUUUGUCUGGACCAGUGACCACGUUCCCUUCGGCAUCAUUGAGAAGCGCCCUCUAUACCCUUCUUCCCACACUGUUCACUCCAGCAAUGGCUACCACAGAGCAAGGGACG